UACUCGAGACUGAGUGUGUCAGGAAGGAAAGGAGAGCUCAAAUCUCUGCGGUGCAGAGCUGGAAGGCUGCUUCUCCAAGCAAAAAAACAGACUCCAUAGUCUCAGCUACUUCUUCUUUUCCUGGCGAAAACAAGGACUAUACCUUAUAUCUACAACGUUGACGAGGACAGGACAGGAGCCUGCGUCAACGACAACUCGGUAUUAUUUUUAUUUAUGUUUUUAUUUUUUAAGUUCAUUUGUUCUGAAAGGACUGACGGUUUACUUUUGCACUGAGACAAAAUUAUUUCUACAUCUACUUCUCGUCUGUUGACCAGAGCCAGCUAGCAGAAAGAAGUAGGCUACAUGACGAAAAUUCCCAUGUCGUUUGCAGUGCACUAAGUCUCAAAGUUUGUUCCACUUGUUUUUAGUUUUCUACUUUUUUACCUCUCCGGACGGUGUUACAUGCAACAGUACACGAGUCUGCAGCAUUGGAGCAGUAGGAAAAACUACUGCAUGAGACAAGCGAUUGGAGAAGAGACGCUUAUUAUUAACAAGUCUGUUUUCGCGACGCUGGCAACCACCUUCACCCAUCUGCAUCAGAGUCGCGGCAGCACCAUGAGCGCAGAGCUGAGCAUGGGCCCUGAGCUCCCCAACAGCCCUCUGGCUCUGGAAUACGUCAACGACUUUGACCUAAUGAAGUUCGACGUGAAGAAAGAAGGUCUGGCCGGGCUGGAACGCGCCGGGGUGCGCCAGUGCACUAGGCUCCAGCCCCAGGGCUCUGUGUCCUCCACCCCGAUCAGCACACCAUGUAGCUCGGUACCCUCCUCGCCCAGCUUCAGCCCCACAGAGCAGAAGAACCAUCUGGAGGAGCUGUACUGGAUGCCCAACGGCGGGUACCACCAGCAGAUCGAUCCACAGACGCUCAGCCUGACCCCGGAGGACGCAGUGGAGGCCCUGAUCGGAGCCACGGCCCACGGCCACCCCCCACCCCAGCACGUCCAGCAGCAGCUGCAGCAGGGCGCCUUCGAUGGCUACAGAGGCCCUCACCAACACCACAACCAUCAUGGCCAUCCCCAGCAGCACCAUCAUCCCUAUGGGGGCGGCAUCCCACACCACCCUGAUGACCUUUCUGGACACCCGGGGGGGCUCAGCCACCCCCACACCCAGCACCACCACCACCACCACAGCCAGGACCCAGACAGCCCGUCCCCCGUCUCUCCAGACUCCCACCAAGCCCUCCACCACCACCGCCACCAUCACCACCACGGCCACUCGGGCCAGGGGCACCAUGGCUCAGGCAAUGUGGAGGACCGCUUCUCUGACGACCAGCUGGUGUCCAUGUCUGUGAGGGAGCUGAACAGACACCUGCGGGGAUUCACCAAGGACGAUGUCAUCCGCCUCAAGCAGAAGAGGCGGACCCUGAAGAACCGGGGCUACGCACAGUCAUGCCGUUACAAGCGGGUGCAGCAGAAGCACGUGCUGGAGAAUGAGAAGACUCAUCUGAUAGACCAGGUGGAGGCGCUCAAGGCGGAGAUCAACCGGCUGGCACGCGAGAGAGACGCCUACAAACUCAAGUGUGAGAAACUGACGGGAACGGGAGCGAAUAACGGGAUCCGCGAGGCUGGGUCUAGGCCUACUAGUGACAACCCGUCAUCCCCAGAGUUUUUCAUGUGAGUUGUUAUUAUAGCUCUAUUGACUCACCCCUACCCCACCACCAACUGAUGCUAAUGAACAAACAAUAAUAAGCAAAUACCCCUUCAUAUUUACUGUACUAAUGACAGUCAACAACUAUAUUCAUAUUAGAAGAAUAAUCCAUAAAAUAAUAUUCUCAUAUCUAACCAUCUCUCUCGAUCCACGUGACAACUGAGAUACAAAGAACAAGGUAGAAUGUUGGGUCAACGCCGCGCAUCUUUGUAGAUUAGUUGCUUGUAGUGAAUAUACUUUUUUCAACUUCCUGAGAGAAGAGAGAAGCGGCGGGUGAACUUUCCUCUUUUUAGGCUAUACUGCUUUUACUGUGUCUGUUAGUGGGAUGACCGCCCGACCUGGGCCUACACAACAAGCAACGCAGAGAGAAGCGGCGGGUGAACUUUCCUCUUUUUAGGCUAUACUGCUUUUACUGUGUCUGUUAGUGGGAUGACCGCCCGACCUGGGCCUACACAACAAACAACGCAGAGAGAAACGGUUUGACUCACAUUCGACACUGGGCCUGAAAAAGAGAGUUGCUAAACAAGACUCCACAUUAUGCAAACUUUACUUCUGUCUACUUACAUGUUAUGCAACAUCUCAUUUGUUUAUUGCCUGCUUGGUUAUAUUCGAAUAUAUAUUAAAACAAAACUCUGCAUUAAAAUAUUAAUCCUGCAUGCUGGACAUGUACGGUAAUAAUUUCUAUUUUGUACUUUCUUUUUGUUUCUCGUGUAUCUUAAGAGCAUGUCGUUGAUCUGCGCUUCUCCAUAGUGUUGUGGGGUUUAGAGGAAUGGAAUGAGGACAGUAGGCCUUCUGUAGCCUUGUAAAUAUUACGCAACCGCAAAACUGCACACCAAGAUCGAGGAGGCUGGUUUUUAACUUCUUUCUUUCUUUGAGUUGUGUUUUAUUAUUUUUUCUUGUUGUUUGAUUUUCAUUUUGUGGGUAUUGAUUCAGAGAUAUGGGCAUUUUGCAGUUGCAUUUAAAGACAACAAACUUUGUAUAUUAAGUGCACUUUUUGGAUAGCCUAAUGAUUUGUUUUUCGUUUUCAUUUUGAGUUUUGUACAGACCCCCUUGAAGGAAGACAUACUAUUAUUCUAUAAUAAUAAUAAUAAUAAUAAGACAAGAUAGAUGCAAGCUUAAUAAUAACCUUAUGACACAAUGGGAUAAUAGUGCGAAGCUGUCAAAACAAACGCAUAGCUAGAAUAUUAGCAGAUGAGUGAUGGUUCUUUGCGCACCACAUUUACGCACCAUGCAUAACUUUGUGUUCUACUCCUAGGAUGCAUAUAGGCUAUAGUAUAUUAAAAAAAAACUGUUAUAAAUGUUAUUACAUUUCAUUUCCGUCUGGUGCUGUAGUCAGCAGAGGUUUUCUUAGCCAGAAAUGCCAUUAUGUUAACUAUUGCGUAACCCUAACCCCAUUAUAUAAUGUGAAGAACAGGAUAGUCACAUCAUUUCUCAACUUGAUUAAUGUAUUUUAUUGGGUGCAGCUGCAUCGCAUUAACAGUGAUAUACUAUAUAUUUUGUACUCUUCCUCGGCAAUAUCAAGCAUUAUUUUUAAACAUGUUCAACAACGUUAACCAUUUCAGGGGUUUUAUGUACAAUUAACAAGUAUUUAGAUUGCGCAUGCGUUUCAAAAUACGAAGUUUAAAUAUAUUAAUGCUAUAUGUUUUCCUGAUUAUUAUUUUUUUUGCUGCCGGUCAGUAAAAAUAAAGGAUUCAGGUUGUGCAAAAUCUCGAAAUGAAAACUGUUGUGUAUGUUAUGUUAUAUGAUAUUAUGUUUUCGUCUGUAUUAUUAUUUGGUGAUUCUGGUUCUGCUGGCCAGAUGCAUAUUAAAGUUUUUAUUUUAAUGAUUUAAAUUAACAAACUGUCAGAUCAUAUUGAAUAAGCAUGGUGCUUGCAUUUAAAAAACUAUUGUUGAAAAGUCAUGCAUUUAACAAUCUCUUGGUUUGUUACUGAUUCAACUGUGUUGAAAUCAAAUUGAAACUGCAGCAGCGGGUUGUUGUUUUGUUUUUAAUUUCAUGUAUUUUGCGAUGAUGAUGGGGAUCAAUUUUCAAUCCUGUUUAUAUAAAUAAGAUACAAAAAAAUAUCUUAAAUUUGAACUGUUAUAGUUCCAUUCAGGCUGGUUUCUGUUUCGUCUUAUUUUUUGUUGUUGUUGGAAGAAAUGGUUUCCUAUUUUGCUUAUUAAAGUCAUUGAAAUGGCAA